CUAGCUAUAAAAGAUGGAGUUACCCUCACAGGAGGCCUAGAACUCGUCCGAAACACACGAUGUUGCGCCAACUACUAGUUCUGCUGCCUCUGCUGGCAUGUGUAGCCGCAGCAGCGAACCCUUACUGUAAAAUCUGCAAGGAGCACCCAAUGUGCAAGUAUACGGCGAAACCUGGCGCAGCUUGCAAGAACUAUGUAGCUCCGCGUGUAUCGAGUAGCGACAAGGCGCUCAUCGUGAGGCUGCACAACGAGUACAGAAACAAAGUAGCACUCGGCAAGGAGACGCGUGGCAAGGGUAACCCCCAACCCUCGGCCUCCAACAUGAGAAAAAUGUCUUGGGAUAACGAAUUGGCGACAAUUGCUCAGCGAUGGGCUGAUCAGUGCACUUUCGAGCACAGCACCUGCAUGAACACGCGUGACGGCACUGUCGCGGGACAGUGCCUUCUGUCUGGUGGCAUUGCUCCCGGGCAGGUCACUCCCGACUGGAAGACGGCCGUAAAGAUGUGGUACGAUGAAGUGGCAGCUCGCGACGGCUCACAGAACACCAAACCGUUCAAGGCGGAUGGGACUUUCAUGGACGUGGGUCACUAUACUCAACUCGCCUGGGCCAAGACGUACGCCGUGGGUUGCGGCUACUCCACCUACAGAGCCGGCUCGGGAAACAAGCCUGACACUCAGCUAGUGGUUUGCAACUACAAGCCCAGCGGUAAUGUCGUAGGCGAGGUCGUGUACGAGGGCGGCGCUCCAGCGUCGAAGUGCCCCAAGGGCACCAAGAGGGACUCUACAUACAAAGGGUUGUGUGCCUAGCCACGCUUGAACGCUGUCAAACAUUUCAACGGUUCCGUAACUCCAAAUUGUGCACCAUUCCAUGUAUUUCUGUUUUCGGAUUUUUACAAGAUUUUCAGGGCUUAUACCAUGAUCGGGACGGUCCAAACUUAUGGAAGGUUUACGGAAACGUCUGCAGUCAACAUUAGUCGUCAAUCGUGGUGUGCCUGAAGUUUUUAGUUCAGACACGGACCGCUUCGGAACCAAAUAAAACAUAGCGAACGCCCCAUGUUACCACAAAA